AUGAUCCAAAACGUACUAUCUUGCACCUCGGCUGUUAACGCUGAUUCUUCCAUUGCAUCUUCAAGUUCCGGGAGCUCUAAAUAUUAUGUUCACUCACCUCCUCUUAGCACAUGGGUCACUGAGUCACACCCUAGCUCUGCUCUGACCCCGCGUCAGAAUAUCACGAACUCUUCCCCCUCGAUGUGCGCUACUUUUCUGAGUCCACCCCCGCAUGGAAACAUAGUCUCACCUUGUGUUUUACUGGAACCCACCUCUCCUCUAGCUAAUACACUGGAAGUGUAUAGCACGACUCCUACCACAUAUAACCUGGAGCCACUGGAACUGGCAAGGACGGAUCUCCGGUACCUGGAUGCCGCCGCCGAUGAGGACACUGACCUUAAAGAAGUUCAAAUCAUUCUACACACUAGUCCUUUUGUGGAUAAAAAUUCAAGAGAUAACACAUUGCCAUUCGUGUUAUACUGCUACUCUCAGUGGGCUAUUGCAAGCAUUUUUGAACCUCGCAGAAUGGCGUACAACAUGCGGGAUCAGGUUAUUGGACAAUUCUCUUCUGAGGGUUCACGAGUAAGGACCAUUCUUAUAGCCAACGUAAUGAGCAUAUACGCAAGAAAUUUGGUGGUUGAUAAUGAGGGAAUGUCCCUUCUCAAUCGUUUGGCCUUAGCCGUACAGACAAGAAGUUCUCUUUUCAUGACUACACCACCUUCACUCAACCCUUUGGAUAAACAAGAUGCGAUUCGUGAAUUAGAUAGUAUACUUGAGAUACUAGCGCUUCAGCUGCACACUCAGCCUACAUCGGACUGCAUCCGCUCUUUGGACUACGCCGCUCCUGUUUUUCGGCGAGCAUGCACUGAGCCAAUAGGACAACCACUCAAUCUUCCGAGUAUCUUGAUGGAUUCUAAUCUCAACCUUCGACAUUUUGCAUAUAUUGACAUUAUGGCCAACGUAACUCUUGGGAAAUCAACUUACUUUCAGUACGAAACGCCAUUUUCGCUCGAACUAUGCGAAACAAUGUCUCAGAGGCAGAACAGCUGCGGUUUGGCGUGGCUCUACGGAGUCCCGGACCAAUUUAUUCUGUUAUUCGCCUGGAUUAAUAACUUAUCCCAAGCACCAGAAGCAACUAACAAUUCAGAGCUGGUUGCUUGGAUAGAAUCAAACUUGUCCCGUAUCAACAUUCCUGUUGAUGAUCUGGGUGAUCCCUCAUUACGCGUUGGGAGAGUGCUGGUUCAAGAAUGCUGGAGGUUUGCUGUCCUUAUUUAUCUUUACAUGGUAGGCUCUAUGCAAAGUCACCUCCGAAGACAAUCGGGUGGUACGGGCUCACGCAGCUUCAUGCGCCUUGUCAGGGGGGUCCAACCAGCACGGCAUCCUGACUCCUACCUAGUCUCUCCGAUGGUAGUGGCCGGAGUCGCUACAAUUAACGAGAGAGACCGAGACACGCUCCGCCAAAGAAUUAUUGGAGUUCGAGAAAGUGCACAGCCGGGCACAGCUGGUAACGAUCACUCCAAUUGUGGGGACUUGCUUGACUUUGUUUGUCACUCCAGCGGCAGUCAGAUCGCGACUGGAUUGGUCUCGGCCGAAUACUCCCAAUUCACAACCACAUUUGUCCACGAUCUCACAACCAGUGACUCAUAUUUAUCUACGCCUUUUGGUUUCCGGGAAAACGAUUGGCUUGUGUACGAGCAGGUAGUUUCGAAGAUGACAAUCCGGUAUUUCUCAACGCGUGGGGGUGAAGAGCGAUUGACCUUUGAAGAGGCAGUUCUCACAGGACUCGCACCCAAUGGUGGCUUGUAUAUUCCCGACUCUAUCCCUGGACUGCCUCAAAACUGGGUCACUGAAUGGCAAAAUCUAUCAUUUAUUGAGCUCGCACAGACCGUCCUAUCCAUGUAUAUCCCCGAAUCCGAGGUCUCGUCAGCCGAUCUUCGAAACUUAGUUGAGAGGUCCUAUGGGACUUUUCGGCAUCCCGAAACUACACCUCUUCACCAGCUUGAUGAAACAGGUGAACGGUAUAUCUUGGAGCUUUUCCACGGCCCGACAUUUGCUUUCAAAGAUGUGGCACUUCAACUACUGGGAAAUUUGUUCGAAUAUUUUCUGGCUCGUCGCAAUGUAGGGAAACCUUUGGCUGAGCAAGAACGCUUAACAGUAGUUGGCGCUACGAGCGGGGAUACAGGAAGCGCUGCGAUCUAUGGUCUUCGCGGGAAACCGUCGAUCAGCAUCUACAUUCUACAUCCGCUUGGGCGUGUUUCUCCCAUCCAAGAGGCACAGAUGACAACAGUGCGCGAUGAGAAUGUGCAUAAUCUUGCUUUCCGUGAAUUCAACGCAAAGCAUCGCCUGGGUGCUGUAAAUUCAAUCAACUGGGCUCGCAUCCUUGCGCAAACCGUCUACUAUUUCCAUGCCUAUUUGUCCCUUGUCAAAUCCAAGGGUGAAGACGUUAAAGUUCAGUUUGUUGUACCGACUGGGAACUUUGGAGAUGUCUUGGCGGGGUGGUAUGCCAGCAGAAUGGGGCUACCAGUUGGUGCUCCCCUAGGUAUUGCUACCAAUUCAAAUGAUAUUCUGGCUCGUUUCUGGGCGACAGGCACAUAUGCUACUUCAGCUGAAGAGCCGGGAACCCAAACUCCUUCAGACCCCACGGCCCCUGCACAUGGCGCCUCAGAUGGAAAACAAGCAUCUGCUGUACAAGAAACACUCAGCCCCGCUAUGGACAUCCUUGUUUCGAGUAAUUUUGAACGCCUCUUGUGGUACCUUGCUCAAGAAACAGGAACGGAUGCAGGAGCUGCAGUGGCUAGUUGGAUGAGCAAAGUGAAAUCGAAUGGUCGCGUGUCAGUACCUGUCACUGCUCUUGAGGCUGCAAGGAAAGAGUUUGUCGCAACGAGAGUUUCAGACGAAGAGACUACCGAGACUAUCAAAAAGUGCUUUAAUUUAACCAACUCUUAUAUCGCCGACCCACACACUGCAGUUGGUCUAUGUGCGGCAGGCAAGUUCGCUGAGAACAACCCCUCGGGAGUGAUUCAAGUCGCACUUGCUACAGCGCAUCCGGCCAAGUUUUCUGAAGCUGUUGAGUCGGCCCUAUCUUCUUCGAACUCAUUCGAUUUCGAACGCGACGUACUUCCGGAGGAGUUCAAAGGAUUGUUGCAGCAGGAGCGGCGGGUUGUACACGUUGGGAGCUUGGAGGAUGUACGACGAGUCAUUGAAGAGACCGAGAGUAAACGGGCCAACGACUCCAUUACGGGGAGGGCAAGCAUAUAG